AUGAUCAAAUUUUUAGCAUUGGUGUUAUUAUUACUCCAACUAAUCUUUCUCACCACAUUUGCUCAAGAGCUUGAACCUGUUCUUUAUGAAACCGAUGGUUUUAGAUUUAAGCCUUUUGUCCCCUCUAAGCCUUCCCCUGUUAAGCCUUUUAUUCCUUCUAAGCCUGGCCUUUUUAGGCCCAAUCCGAUUUCCGUCGAUGUCCCUGUUGUUAUGCCCAUUCCUGUUACUCCUGUCCCUAUUACGCCUGUCGUUGUUACUCCUCCUGCCCCUGUUACGGUUUCCCCAAUUGACCCUCUUGUUCCUGUACCACCUGCCCCUCUUGAACCUUCUACCCCUGUCCCUAUUACGCCUGUAGUUGUUACUCCUCCUGCCCCUGUUACGCUUUCCCCAAUUAUCCCCCUUGUCCCUGCUACGCCUGCACCUGUUGAGCCCCCUGUAGACCCUUCUGCCCCUAUUAUUGUCCCUGUUGAGCCUCCGGUUAUUCCAACAUUCCCCCCCAUUGGAUGUAGCUGCUCCUUCUUACUCAUCAUUGCCACUGCGCCCCGCUUACAUCUCUAG